CAAAGCUUUCAACAUUUCAGUACAUAUUUUCUAAUUGUUUUCAAGUCCUACUCUCAUUUCUAAAUUAGUCAUUGGACUAUUCAGGUAACUUUCGAUAAUUUUAAAAAGUUAUAGUGAAUUAAUUUUUUGUUUUCUUAAAACUCAAGAGUUUGUUAUUAAACUCCUAGAACGUUAUAUUUUUCGCGCCACUAAACAUAAUUAAUUAAAUAUUCGCCUGGAAUUAUAUGUUAAGCAGAUUUUCUCUCUUGAGGUCAUCAUCAACAAGUGUCUGUUCAUUAUUUCUUCCUUCAAUUGAGAAAACAAUUAAUUAUUCAACAAUGGCUACUAAAUUUGAUUUACCUGAACGUUACAAGGGAAACGAUAAAUCUGUUUGGGUGGAAUACAUUCAAUUGGCUUUGCAAUAUAAACCAUUGAAUCUUGGUCAAGGUUUUCCCGAUUUUUAUGCUCCUGAAAAUGUGACAAAAGCUUUAGCAGCCGUAACAACGGGAGAUAAUCCUCUAUUAAAUCAAUACACUAGAGGAUUUGGCCAUCCACGUUUGGUCAAUGCGGUUGCGAAAUUGUAUUCGAAAAUUUUAAAACGUGAUUUGAAUCCAAAUAAUGAAAUUCUAAUCACGUCUGGUGCCUAUGAGGCAUUGUACGCAACAAUCGUGGGACAUACAAAUCCUGGAGACGAAUGGAUAAUUAUCGAACCCUUUUUUGAUUGUUACGUUCCAAUGGUGCGAACAUCGGGUGGUGUUCCCCGUUUCAUAGCCCUUCAACCAAAUAAAACGAGUGGAACAAUUAGUUCGUCAGAUUGGGUAUUCGAUAGAAAAGAAAUGGAAAGUCUUUUUAAUGAGAAAACGAAAGGAAUUAUAAUUAACACACCUCACAAUCCAGUCGGAAAAGUUUUUACACUCGAUGAAUUGCAAUUUAUCGCUGAUUUAGCAAAAAAAUGGAAUACUCUCGUUAUUUCGGACGAAGUUUAUGAAUGGAUUGUUUAUGAACCCUAUCAGCAUAUUCGCAUUGCGACUUUACCGGGAAUGUACGAGCGUACAAUUACAAUUGGCUCUGCAGGAAAAACCUUCAGUGUAACUGGAUGGAAAAUUGGAUGGGCUUACGGUCCAGCAAAUUUACUCCGUAAUUUACAAAUUGUUCAUCAAAAUUCCAUUUACACUUGCACAACUCCUAUUCAAGAAGCUGUGGCAAUUGGAUUUGAGGAAGAAAUCGCACGAUUUGGCCAAGACGAUUGUUAUUUUGUGAGUCUUGCCAAAGAAUUAUUACCAAAACGUGAUUACAUGGCGAAAUUUCUCACUGAAGUUGGAAUGUCACCAACAAUACCAGAGGGCGGUUAUUUUAUGGUUGCUAAUUGGUCGGCAUUGGAAAAUAAAGUUCGACUCGACGAGGAACAAGAUGCAAAUAGAGAUUAUCGUUUCACUAAAUGGAUGAUAAAAAAUGUCGGAGUCCAAGGAAUCCCUCCAUCGGCUUUUUACGGCGAUGAGCACAAACAUUUAGGAGAAGACUGCGUCAGAUAUUGUUUUAUUAAGAAAGAUGAAAACUUGAAGAAAGCAGCCGAACUUUUACUGAAAUGGAAGUCUGAACAAUAAGACUGUUCCGAAAAAAAUAAAAAUUGUAAUAUAUAAAUAAUUAAAUCAAUGGCAUUUACGUUUUGUACAAAAAUUGUUAAAAAUUUUACAAUCCGAAACGAUAAGUAUUGGAAGAUUUUAUAUAUAUUUUUAAAUAAAUAGCAAUAAGUGUUAAAA